AUGUCAUCGGACGAUAUCCCAAAAAUACCCUCAAGGCCUUCGAGGAAGAAAACAGUGGAACUGACUCCAUUACCUGGUAAAGAGGCUGAAGGUAUGAAAACGAAUAGUGAGCCUCCAACACCAACAAAAGGGCCUGCUGUUCCAAAGCAAAGGCCCAUAUUAAAAGCGAAGACGAUGACUUCGUUUGAGAGUGAGGCGGUUGCAGACAGUUUACCCCACAUGCCAUCACAAAGGCCAAUUAGACGUUCUACGACUGAAGAACUGAAUAAUGUAAUGAAUAACACCAGCAAGGAGCUGGAAGAGAUUGAGAGUUUCAUUUCAAGACACAAUGUACAUAAGAAAAAGAGCACGACUACUACCCGAGGCGGAGACGCAGAAAUGUCUGCCGUCCCUAAAGACCAACAGAGAAGACCAUUGUUAAGUGACAGUGAUUCUUUUACUCCAGAUCCGUCUCCACGGGAAACCAACAAACAGGAAAAUAGCAGUGUAGACGAGGGUGCUGAACCUUCCUUGAAUUUAGCGAGCUCGUCCAGUGAUGAAAUCACAAAGACUAGUAACUCUGAAACGCGCACUAGACAACAAGAUGUAAGAGCCGCUUCAGACGAUAAUAUAAAUGUUGGAGGUGAAUUGAGUAAAAAUACUACUCCUGAGGACAUUACACCACCAUUAGAUGUUGGCAGGGAUUUGAAAGAGGGUAAUAAUACUGCUCCGGUUUCAGCUGGAACUACUAGAUCUGGUGAUGAAGCUGGAAAUGCCACUGAACUCCCGGAACCAAGAUCCGAAGGGCUGGAGAAGCACGAAGAAGAACAAGAGAAAGAAUUAUAUGAAAAUCCGGCUCAAAAAGAAAGUAUCAGGUCUAAUGAAAAAUUAGAAAUUAAAAACAAUACGAAAGAAGACUUACAGGAGGGAAAGCCUUCUUCUCCUGGAACGGUUACUCUAGCCGUCGACUCAAAGGUUUCUUCACAACUAAAGAGUGAAGCGGAAAAUACUCCAGCAGUUGACUCGCAGGUUUCUUCACAACUAGAGAUUGAACCAGAAAAUACUCCAGAGGUCGGCUUGAAGGUUUCUUCACAACUGAAGAGUGGACCGGAGAAUACUCCAGUGGUUCCACAAAGUAGACCAAAGAAGGAUCUCGAUUCAGAUGUGAAGAAGGAAGAGUCAUCAAACCAGGAAAAUGAACCCUUUCCAGAAGAGCAGGACACAACUGAGGAUGAUAUUGAAGCAAAAGAUACAAGCCCCAAAGUCCCUGUUGAAAGGCCCAGAAAACGUGCCCCACCUCCAGUCCCCAAGAAACCUUCUUCAAGGAUUGCAGCCUUUCAAGAAAUGUUACAAAAGCAACAACAACAAGAUUUACGAAACAACGAACCUUCACUAUCUUCCAUCAGUUCACCGGAUACCGCGAAGCAAGAAUCGAAUCCUUCUGCCGCUGGAAACACAGUAAAGGCUGAUUUUACAAACAAAUUGAAUGGGCUGUUUGCGCUCCCUGGUAUGGUAAACCCCGGCCAGCUUCCAGCUUCUCUAGGAAAAAAGUUGUCCUCACCUAGCACUGAAUCCACAGGAGAGCAACAUGAACAACCACAGGCAAGGAGCACACCUUUAAGUAACACUAGGAGAGCCAGAGGGCCUCGUGGACGUAAAUUACCUUCUAAAGUUGCCGCUGUGGAGAAGGUUGAAGAAAACGGUAAUAAAAACGGUAUAGAAAUCUUCAACAUUUGGCAUGUUUACUCUAUCCCCUCUAAACAAGAGAGUUCUGGAGAUAUUAUUCCGGAUAAGGAAUCAGAAGUUUUUCCAAAGGAGCAACCAAAAAAUACCUCGGAUAUGAAGCCAGGAAACACUCCAAGGGCGGAAAUAGAACACUCGCCGAACGAGACAGUGAAUGCUAUUCAUCCCAUCGAUCUGGAGGAAGAGAAAGAGCUUACUGCCAAUGUUGAACCAAUACCUCUUUCUCCGUUGCCGCAGGCGUCCACCGUGCGUAAGAACGAAGGUGGAAGGGAAGAAUCGUUGUCCCCAGCGGAGGYUAUUGCCAGUAGAGACCAAGAUGAUGUGACAGAGAUACUAGAACAGCAAAUGGAGGGCCUAAUGGAAUCGGAAAUGGAGGCGGAACUCUCGGGUGGCUACGAAGACAUCGAUUCUGCUUUGCAUUCGAAUGACACGUCCGCCCCCUCCACACUAGAACCUACUAUAUAA